AAAACUCAAGAAAAAUCGAAGAAGAAGAAGUCGCAUGUAAACAGUAAAUAUGGCGGCGCCGUUGGUCAGGACUCUCUCUAAGGUUGGCAGGCACAUCUCCCGGCCGUGGGGUGCUGGCCAGGCCGGGGUCCGGAGCAGGUCCACCAGGUCUGCCCCAGAUGUGGCCUCGGAGCAGGCGGCUGGGCUGGGGGUCUCCUUCCCCCCCUUACAGACCUACUCCGAGGAGGAGGGCAUGAUGAGGGACGCAGUGAAGAAAUAUGCACAAGAGCGCAUCGCCCCGUUUGUGUCAAAGAUGGACGAGAACUCUGCCAUGGAUGAAGAAGUGAUCAAAUCCCUCUUUGAACAGGGCCUCAUGGGCAUUGAGAUCGACCCCGAGUAUGGCGGCACCGGCUCCACCUUCUUCUCCUCCAUCCUGGUCAUCGAGGAGCUGGCGAAGGUGGACCCGUCGGUGGCGGUGCUGUGUGACAUCCAGAACACCCUGAUCAACACGCUGGUCGCCAACCUCGGCACCCUGGCGCAGAAGGAGCACUACCUCAGCCGGCUGUCCACUGACAUGGUUGGCAGCUUCUGUCUGUCUGAGGCGGAGUCGGGCAGUGACGCGUUUGCUUUAAAGACGCGCGCCGAAAAACAGAAGGACUACUACGUUAUAAACGGAUCUAAGAUGUGGAUCAGUAACGCAGAGCAUGCCGGGGUUUUCUUGGUGAUGGCCAACGUGGACCCCGCCGCGGGUUACAGAGGCAUCACCUGCUUCAUCGUGGACCGGGACACGGAGGGGCUCGAGAUCUGCAAGAAGGAGAACAAGCUGGGCCUGCGGGCGUCCUCCACCUGUCCGCUCAACUUCGACAAUGUCAAGGUCCCAGAGAAGAACAUUUUGGGUAAAGUUGGACAGGGGUACAAGUACGCCAUCGGGAUGUUGAACGAGGGCAGGAUUGGAAUUGCUGCUCAGAUGCUGGGGCUGGCGCAGGGAUGUUUUGACCACACUGUUCCUUACACCAGACAGAGGGUCCAGUUUGGAAAACGUAUAUUCGACUUCCAGGGCAUGCAGCACCAGAUAGCACACGUAGCCACGCAGAUUGAAGCGGCCCGGCUGCUGACCUACAACGCCGCCCGUCUGAAGGAGGCAGGAAGACCUUUUAUCAAGGAAGCCUGCAUGGCUAAAUACUUUGCAGCUGAGGUUGCGACUCUCACCACCUCCAAAUGCAUAGAGUGGAUGGGAGGGGUAGGCUUCACCAAAGACUACCCCAUAGAGAAAUACUACAGAGACUGUAAAAUUGGUACCAUUUACGAAGGCACAACAAACGUCCAGCUGUCCACCAUGGCAAAGUUCAUCGAUAAGGAAUAUGACCACUGAUCGAACUUGGCUUGUGGAUUUACACUCCCUAGUUUUUUAUUUUAAUGACUUCAGUUGAACGCAGGGUGUGACAGGCAUCGCUCAUACACCUUCUCUGUUUAAAUAGUUUUGCUGCUGUUUGAGAUUAUCAGUCCUCAUCAUCACCAUGUUGUGUUUUUACUGUCUGCCUUUGCUCCUUCCCACCACUUAUGGACCAGUGGUCACAUUUUCCCCCGUAAACGAGUUUUUAAAGUUGUGGUGAGAUGUUCAGCUUCUCUGCUGAUUUUCCCAUAACAAACUAUCAGGUGUAUGUCUGAUAUAGCCUUCCCAAGUUUGACUUUGUGCCCCUAAUGUGUCUCUCACAAUCUGAUGUAUCUUUGUGAGGGAUUAUGUCAGAAAAAGCAAAUCCUAAUGUUACUGUUUUGACACUAACCCACACAUUUCAAUGUGAAAUGUGUCAAGUUGAUUUUUUUUUUCUUUUUUUUUCUUUUUUUUGAUGCAUAAGUGAGUGCCUUCAGAGUAUGUUUUUCUUUUUAAAAACAGAGACAUCUUGGUAGGUGAACAUUUUCCACUGGUUUUGUUGAAUAUGCUUUUUGUGUGGUAGCGUAAUAUUUUACUCAACGUAGGCCAAUGUCUCGUCUUGUCAGCACAGCACAAAGCGUGUCAGUAUCUUGGUAGAAAAAUAUGACAUCAGCUGAACAGAUUGUAACAUUUAGAUCAUGUUCUGAAUGAUCUAUCAAUAAUUUUGACUAUAUCAAUAAACGUCAAUUGUAAUUACCGCAAAAA